CAAGUCCGUUUUCAGUCCUUGUUUUGCAGUCUACAACAAUGGCGUUUGCUGAAAAGUCUAAGAGUUCGCGGCUGCCAAAGGACGUCAACCGCAUCCUCUUUGUCAAAAACAUGCCCUUCAACGUCGCAGACGACGACUUGUACGAUCUGUUUGGCAAGUAUGGCGCCAUUCGACAGAUCCGAGUAGGAACCGCGCCGGAUACGAAAGGAACGGCCUAUGUUGUCUAUGAGGACAUUUUGGACGCGAGGAACGCGUGCGAACACUUGUCUGGCUUUAACGUCGGUGGACGCUACAUUACUGUCUUGUAUUACAAUCCUCAACGCUUGUUGGCGCGAAUGGACGUCAACAAGAAGCGCGAGGAGCUCGACAAGUUGAAGCAACAGCACAACAUUGCAAUGGACGAGUCUUAACGUGUAUUUUGUUUGUGUUUGUUUUCUGCGUGCAUUACAAACGGUGUUAACUAGAAUCGGGUUCAUGCUCGAGGUCACAAAG